UGGGGCCUCGCCACCCGCCGUCCUCAUGGCCCUGCUGCUCGUGGGGCUCCUGCUGCUCCUAGGGCUCUGGGGGCUGCUCCGAGCCCACACCCGCACCCCCUCCCCAGCCCCUCGCUGGCCCCCUGGGCCACGCCCACUGCCGCUCAUCGGAAACCUGCACUUGCUGUGCGUGUCACAGCAGGACCGGUCACUGAUGGAGCUUUCGGAACGGUACGGGCCGGUGUUCACUGUGCACUUGGGGCUCCAGAAGACGGUGGUGCUGGCCGGCUACGAGGCCGUGAGGGAGGCCCUGGUGGGCACCGGGUCAAAGCUGGCCGACCGACCCCCCGUCGCCGUCUUCCAGCUCAUCCAGGGCGGUGGGGGAAUCUUCUUCUCAUCGGGGGCACGCUGGAGGGCCGCCCGCCAGUUCACUGUGCGCACCCUCCAUGACCUGGGCGUGGGGAGGGGGCCCAUGGUCGACAAGAUCCUGCAGGAGCUGAGGUGCCUCAUGGGGCAGCUGGACAGCUACGGAGGCCGGCCCUUCCCCCUGGCCCUGCUCGGCUGGGCCCCCUCCAACAUCACCUUCACACUCCUCUUCGGCCGGCGCUUCGACUACCAGGAUCCCGUGUUCGUGUCCCUGCUGAGGCUUAUCGAUGACGUCAUGGUCCUCUUGGGGACCCCCAGCCUGCAGCUGUUCAACAUCUACCCCUGGCUCGGGGCUCUCCUCCAGCUGCACCGGCCUGUCCUUCGGAAGAUAGAGGAGGUGCGAGCCAUCCUGAGGACCCUCCUGGAGACGCGGCGGCCCCCCGCGCCCGGGGCAGGCCCCGUGCAGAGCUACAUGGACGCCCUGAUCCAGCAGGGCCAGGGGAAAGACCCCCACGGCCUGUUUGCCGAGGCCGACAUGGUGGCCUGCGUUCUCGACAUGGUCAUGGCCGGCACAGAGACCACCUCCGCCACGCUGCAGUGGGCCGCCCUCCUGAUGAGCAGGCACCCGAGUGUGCAAGGUGAGCCCCCAGCCUCCCUUUCCAGCACGCGUCGGUGGGCGGGGUCCCCCAGGGCCCGGGGGGGGGGGGGCCGGGGCUCGCGGGGACGCGGGCGCCCACCGUCUCGCCCGCAGGCCGGGUGCAGGAGGAGUUGGACCGGGUGCUGGGGCCCGGGCGCCCUCCCCGGCUGGAGGACCAGCGGUCACUGCCCUACACCAGCGCCGUGCUGCACGAGGUCCAGCGCUCCAUUACUCUCCUGCCCCACGCGCCGCGGUGCGUGGCGGCUGACACCCAGCUGGGCGGCUACCUGCUCCCCAAGGUGGGCCCCGCUCCUGGCCCCCGACAGGAUGGGCAGGGCUCCCCUCCCCCUUUCUGCUCUCCGUCAGGCUGGGCCCAGCUGGGUCUCGCGGGGCACGCCCCCGGGGGGAGGGGGCGCCGGGCCCAGCCCACCUGCCGCCCCACCCACAGGGCACACCCGUGAUCCCUCUGCUGAGCUCGGUGCUCCUGGACAAGACGCAGUGGGAGACCCCUCGCCAGUUCAACCCGGGUCACUUCCUGGACGCCGACGGGCGCUUUGUGAAGCGGGCAGCCUUCCUGCCUUUCUCUGCAGGCCGCCGCGUCUGCGUGGGGGAGAGCCUGGCCAGGUCGGAGCUGUUUCUGCUGUUCGCCGGCCUCCUCCACAGGUACCGCCUGCUGCCCCCACCGGGCCUCAGCCCUGGCGCCCUGGACACCACGCCCGCCCCGGCCUUCACCAUGCGGCCGCCAGCACAGGCCCUCUGCGUGGUGCCCAGACACGGGGGCUCUGCCCAAGCAGACCCGGGGAGGGUCUGAGUCACUCUCCCAGUCCCAGCUCGGGGUGCGUUGUGGAUGAUGGAGGCCGGACAAACGGGUGGACAGCCCUCACUGUGCCCCUUGCCGGGAUCUUUGCCGUGGCCCCCGGAACCCCACCUGGGCCCGAUCGUGCUCUUUCGGGGGCCCAGCCCCCUGCCAAGCUCCCUUGCCCCGAGCCAUCCCUACCCCUCCUCCUCCCGUCUCCCCGGGGCAGCCGGGCCCCCUCCCCACCCUCCGCCCCCAGACCCCUUGGGCGGCGGCGCUGCCUCGGUCUGCACUCAGGUCCCCCCCAAACCUCAGGGUGCCUCCCGUUCCCCAGUGGAGAAGUGCCCCCUUCCCGCACCCCACGUCUCCCGGGCUCCCGAUGCCUCCUCUCCCCACCCACCUACCCUGCACGCUGCCCCCAUCAGGUUCCCCUCGGGGCCACUUGCUCUUGGGGUGCGGGGAGGCGGCAGGUGGCAGGGUGACACCCACCUAGAGGCCGGCCUCAGACC